UCAUUGGUUACAAUCUUCAGGAAAUUCUUCAAGAACUUCGCCUAUUUAUUCUGAGAUGAGGAACAUCAUUACCACUGUGCUGAUAAAAUUAGUAUUUACUUUUUAUUAUUUCGAAUUAAGUUUGCAAAGCGACUCACAUAGAAAUGAUUGGAACCAGGGCGCGAGUUCGAGCAAGAGAUUACGCAAGCGUCAUUCGGAACAAGAAACCGUCGAAUCACUGUUGGAUUCAAGUUCAAAUGCACAUAGUGGAAGAGAAGGUGCUAGAAAACCUCCUCCUCUUAUUGAAGAAACAAUACCACUUGGUCAAGAUGAACAAUUAAUAGUGCACAUCCGCGAUCGCUUGGUCCUCAUAAAAAUCAAUAGCACAGCACAAACUGUUAUCCCUUUCAAAAACAGGAUACCGAGUCAUUUGAUACCUUACAAACCUUUUAAUGAAUACAGGAUUGUUGGAGAACAUUACGAGCCUUUUGCUGUUCGCCCCAAUGUGUGGAUAACAGAUAUCUUGUCCUACCAUUGUUUAUACGCGAAAUCUAAUAACCAUGAAUGGAUAUAUAAUAAAGCCCUUAAAAUACAUACGGAAGUACUUGAGAUUGAAAGAAGAGGGUUAGCAGAACAUCAUCGUAGUACACGUGAAUAUGAGCGGGAUCUACUAGAGUAUGGUGGAGGUCCGUACGCCAGACGCGGAUUCUAAUUGGCGAAAAAAAUGUAAUUCACAUGCAUUGGAAGAAAAAAUUACAAGUAUUUGAUCUUGUGUUUAAAUUAAAUUUAAAGGUUUUGUGUAUCAUCUA